CGCGAGACUAGAUUAAAGCAGUACAGGAACUACGAGAACCUCUCUCGCUCUCGUGAAGAGCUUGACAAGGAGUGCUUGCAAGUAGAGAAAGGAAAGACCUUUUACGACUUCCAGUUCAACACAAGGAUUGUCAAAUCCACAAUCGUGCAUUUUCAGGUAGAAACUUUUGGCUCUGUUCCAUCAUUCUCUUUAUAUUUUAUUCGUCAUCCCAACCAAAAACCCAUCUAGUUAGAAAACGCAUGCGUCUCGUUUUGAUGUUUAAAUUUUAAAUUUCUUGGUUCUAGAAAUUUAUUUUCAGCGGAGUUCUCUCCUUUUAUUUUAUCUUUUUGUUUAUUAUUAUUUUUCUUUUCCCUUUCUCUUUGUUUCUUCUGUUGGUCCUACUUGUGUUACCUUUUGUGGUCCACGCUUUUGAUGCAUAAGACAUUUCAUAAUCGCUGUGCACAAGUGCCUGAUUUCAUAAUCGGAGUGCCUGACACGCGAUCCAUUUUAAAUUUUUUCCUUACAAAAAAUACCAAUCAAUGUUAAUCUUCCGGAGUCCGUAUGCUGAUGUUGCAUCUUAGUGGUAUCUCUCAUAUUCUGUGAUCUUUGUUUAUGCACAUAUCAUUAGUUUAUAGUUUUGCAGGUCUAGUCAAUUUGUUAUUGGCUUAUUGUCCAUAUGAUCAUAUCUUUUUUAUGUGAUUAUAGCUCUGUGCCUGAACUUUUUGGAGGUAUGAUGUUUGAUAUUGAUCCCUUUCAUAUGUUAAAAUUAUCUGAAUGCAUUCAACUAAUGAACAACUGGCUUAAGUUUCCAGAUUAAGUUAUGGUCCAGUGAGGUCGUUAUACCAAUUACUCUUCUGGCCUGCAUGGUGGCGACUUAAAUCUUUCUGGAUAUAUGAGCAUAUCUUUUGAAAAUUGACUUCAUUGAUUAUGAACUUCUCAAUUCUGGACAGACUCUUGGCUUUUGGACGGGGAACUUGGUUCUUUUUUUUUUUAUAAAUUUUACGGUGUUCCCAACACAGGCUUCAAGUUGGGUUUGUAUUCACUAACCCUUUUUGCGCAGAUUUCUGAGGGAUGCUUACUUUAACGCACUGGUAAACAGUUUCUCAAAAUUUAAUCAAAUUGAAAUAUCAAUUUUACAAGGUAAAAUCUGAUUCUAAGUUGUAGAUAUGGAUGCAUGGCAAUCCUGUUUAAGUAACUCGUAGUUGAGUGUGUUUGUUGAGAGACUCUGAAAGCCAUAGGUGCGUAAUAGAUGCAUUUAACACAACAGAUGCACCAACAAACAUACACCCAACCCCCUCCCCCCCCCUCCAGACAAGCUGUUUGUAGAAAGUUCAUUUGAGUUCAGCAUAUAUAACUCUCUUUAAGAUGAUUUCUAGAUAUCAAGCUAAAAAGUUGAGGGGAGACUAGAACGUAUAAAAUCAUGUUAUCCUGCUAGCUUGCUUAAUAUUCUGUUAAAUCAUGCAUGUUUAACUAUCGUUGCAUGGGUUCACUGUAAGUUGAUCAUUCUGAUAUUUUUCUGGUCUACUGUGAAUGUGAAGCUCUGGUCUAUUGACCUACUAUUUAUCUUUAUGCUUGUGAUUUCUAUCGGCCAAUGUAUACUUUCCUUUCCUUUGACUGUUAAAUAUAUUAUACUGUCUUUAACCCCUCUGUGGCAUUUAGGAUUGCUAUUGCUUUUUAUUUCAGCCUUUUAAGCAGGGUGGAAGUUAUAUCUGAGCAGCCGGCGCGAUUAUGGAUACUUUGUUUAUAUGCUGAGGAAUCUGCUAUGGGCAACAUCCAAGCAUGAUGUGUACCUUACUCAAAAUUACUCUGUAAUGCAUUGGUCAUCAUUACUGAGUAGAGGCAAUGAAGUGCUCAAUGCGGCUAAACCAAUUGUUCCUACCCUGAAACACCCAGGGUUGUUGUCAGAGUCAGUCUCAAGAGUGCAAAUUAGCACCAUGGCUGUGAAAGAAAACUUGUUAGUUGCUGGUGGUUUUCAGGGAGAACUUAUUUGCAAGUACUUGAAUCAACCUGGAGUUGCAUUCUGUACAAAAAUAACAACAGCUGAAAAUGCCAUUACCAAUGCAGUGGACAUAUACCAUAACCAAAGUGGCUCAACGAGGAUUACGACUGCAAACAAUGAUGCUCUAGUUAGAAUUUUUGAUGCUGAAAGUUUUACUUGCCUAAAUCGUUUCUCCUUUGAUUGGUCUGUAAAUAACACCGCGGUUAGCCCAGAUGGUAAAUUGCUUGCAGUCCUUGGUGACAGUACAGAGUGCUUGAUCGUUGAUGCCCAUUCUGGGAAGUUAACUGGGAAUAUGAAAGGUCAUUUGGACUAUUCUUUUGCAUUGGCAUGGCAUCCUGACGGACGAAUUUUGGCCACUGGGAAUCAAGAUACUACAUGUAGGCUAUGGGAUACAAGGAAUCUAUCCAAGUCCUUGGCCGUGUUGAAAGGGAAUAUGGGUGCGAUAAGAGCUCUGAGGUUCACUUCAGAUGGCAGGUUUUUGGCUAUGGCUGAGCCUGCAGACUUUGUUCAUGUAUUUGAUACAGAGUCGGAGUAUGUCGAGUGCCAGGAGAUUGACAUUUUUGGGGAGAUUGCUGGUAUAUCCUUCAGCCCUGAUGCAGCAGCUCUCUUUGUAGGGGUUGCUGAUAGGACUUAUGGUGGCUUGUUAGAAUUUAACAGGAGGCAUUACAACUCGUAUUUGGAUUGUGUUUUCUAAUGUAAGCACAUAUAAAAGCUACCUCGUGUGUGUAUAUUAAAGUUUCUUGUUCAAUUUCUGUUUGAAGCUUGGGCAGAAAUAAGAGAAAUAAUAACUUUCAGAAGCUAUUUCUGUGAGGUGAUUUUUUGAAGCUGGCAGAAAUAAGAGAAUUUUUGGUUUUGUAAAGCACGUGAGAUUGCUGUACAUAUCAGGGAAACUUUGUGGCUUUAAUUAACUAUUAAUCUUUAGUGAUUUUCCUUAUCUAUUCUA